AUGGGAACCGCCCUCUUCCAGGAUACGAACGUCCAGCUUGCCAAGUCAUUCUGGUACAUUAUCGCCGGCGUCGUUGGGUUCUUGGGCAUCAUUCGCGGUCUCAACUACCUCGAAGGCCGCAGACGACUAAAACGAUGCCACUCAGAAUCAGUCCAAUUCCCAACACGACCGACAAACCACAUAACACAAAUAUGGGCAACCGCAACAGCCCUCGCGCGCGAAGCAGGCCAUCCGCAGCUCUACAUCCCCAUCAAGGGCCUGCGCUGGGCCACGCCGCCGCCCCUCGGCCGCGUCCUCGUCCUGCUGGCCUACUGGGCCGUCAUCAUCUACAUGAUGGCCGCCGACGCCGUCGUCAAGGACGCGUACUUCUGGGAGCGCAUCGGGUUCCGCAACGCGUGGGUCACCAUCAUGCAGAUGCCGCUCGUCUAUCUGCUGUCGAUGAAGGUCAGCGUCGUCGGGUUCGUCACGGGCACGUCGCACGAGCGGCUGAACUGGCUGCACCGCUGGGUCGCGCGGACGAUGUUUGUUACGGCGACGGUGCAUGGGUUCCAUUUCUGGACGGAGUGGGUGAGGGCGGAUUUUGUCGAGACGCAGCUGAAGAUCAUGCCGUAUAUCAAGCAUGGUAUGGGUGCGUGGGGGUUGUUGGUGUGGGCUUUCGUGAGCGGGAUGAAGCCGGUUCGGGGCAUGGCGUACGAGGUGUUCGUGGUGCAGCAUGUGCUCUCGGCGGUGAUCUUCAUCUGGCUGGUGUAUGUCCACAUCCCGGUGUACGCGAGGCAGUAUCUGUGGUUUACCGUGGCGCUCAUCUGCUUCGAUCGGCUGGCGAGGUGGGCGCUGCUCGCGUGGCAGAACACGAGGCCAAGGUUAGGCAAGUCGUCGUCUUCGUCGUGUAAGGGGAUGAAGAGGCUAGGCCACGAGGUGCAGGUCCGCGCCGUGGGCUCCUCGACGACGGUACUCACGAUCAAGGAUGUGCACUUCUCGUGGAAGGCCGGCCAGCACCUAUACCUCUGGCUGCCCCGCGUCGGGCCGUUCGAGGCGCACCCGUACACCAUCGCCUGCGCGCACCAGCUGCCGAAGACGUGCAUCUGCAACAGCAUCCAGCUCGUCGUCCGCUCGCACGGGGGCUUCUCGCGGCGGCUGCACAAGUUCGCGGAGCGCAUGGCCGGGUCUGGGAGGAGGAAGGACACGCUGACGGGCUUCGUGCUGGGGCCGUUCGGGGCGCCGCCGCGGUGGGACAUUUACGAGACGAUGGUGCUGAUCUCGGCGUCCACGGGGGCGUCGUUCACGCUGCCGAUCCUGGAGAGCAUCGUGCACAGUCGACGGAGGAUCUGCACGACGCGCGUGGACUUUAUAUUGAUGGCGCGCCAGGGCGAGGAGAUUGAGUUCUACACGCAGAGGCUGCGGGAGGCGAUGGAUCGGGCGCAGGAGGUUGGGAUUGAGCUGCAGGUGCAUGUUGCCAUUACGAGGUCUGGAAAGGCGAGGGAGGGGGAGAUGACGACGGUGUUGUACUCGGAUCGAGACACGAGCUCGGGGUCGUCGGCGCAGCAUCGGCGGAUCGCGUCGGACGGGUCGGAGGAUGGCGGGGGGUAUCAGGAGAAGGGGGUGAUGGACGUCGAGAAGGGGGGUGCUGGGGCUCCGUUGACGCCGAGGCGGAGCGGGUCGUCGACGGGCAUGGUGAAGGAGUAUUACAGCCGGCCGGAUCUGAAGGAGCUGAUUCGGGAUCCUGUCGAGGCGGCGGGCGGGGAGACCUCUGUGGUGAGGUAA